CAGCACCAAAAUACUUCUUUUAACUUUAUUUUAAACAAAUUAUUAUUAUUCUUUGUUGGUUUGCGGUAUGUGUAUUUUAUUGGCCUAAUGAACAUACUAGAUCUAAUGGUACACUUUCAGCUUUGAAAUCUUCAUAUAUAAGUUCUAGCUCCAUCAUUAUACAAAAUUUUCCAAUACAAUUUUUUUAUAUCAUUAAUAUUAUCAUUAUCAUAAUUUAAGAUUUGAUACUAAUUCAUUUUUAUUUGUUUAUUUAUUUUGUAGUUAUUGUUUUGGUCGGACAAAUUUGUGCUUAAACUAUAAGAGUUCUUUUUUUUUUUUUUUUAUAUUAUAGGUCUACUGUUUGAAUUCGGAAUCAUCCUUUCUCGUGUUUUGAUUGUAUUAUAGAUUGGCUUAGAUAGCGUAGUAUACAAUGAACUCUGUUGUACGAAAGAAAUCACUUCUCAAAUCUAUCUGUAACGUAGUUCCGAUUCAUUCCUAAUAAGAUAAAGUCUUCCUUUAAAAAAAAAAUUUAGUGGAGUAACUAUAUAUAUUCUUUAGAUUGGGCCUCUAAAUUGAUCGUCCCUGAUCGAGACUUGAUCCGAUUCAUGACUCGUCUUCUUCAGUUGUGGCGCGUUGUGUAUGCCUGACCAUGACCAGGACGACCCCAUGGAUUCUCCUCCUCCCAGAACUUCUAACCCUACGCCAAAUCUCGAACCCACAACCUCUUCUUCUUUUUCUUCUUCAGAAACUACAAUGAAGACCCCCACGUCUCCUCCGCCGGAACAACCGAGUUCUUCAGAACCAAAGCCACCGGAACCCCAAAACGAAGCUUCCGUUGAAGAAUUCGAAUCGAAUUCCCUGAACUCCGAAGUUGCAAAAACUGGUGAACCCUGUGGCAAGCAGAGCUAUGAUGAGUACCAACGACAUGUCGUUCCAUAUACGAUUCCCCCUUGGAGUGAAGCUCCCGGCUACAAUUUCUACUUUGAAAUUCUAAAGGAAGGUUCUAAUAAAGAUCAAUUUGAUGUAUACCAGAAAGGGGCUUAUAUGUUUGGACGUGUGGACGUCUGUGACUUUUUACUUGAUCAUCCCACCAUUUCUCGCUUUCACGCAGUUCUUCAGUUCAAAAGAAGUGGAGAAGCUUAUAUUUAUGAUCUCGGAAGUACUCAUGGUACUUUCGUCAACAAUAAUCAGGUGAAGAAAAAGAGCUAUGUGGAUUUACAUGUUGGUGAUGUCAUUCGAUUUGGACAGUCAUCUCAUUUGUACAUUUUUCGAGGACCAACAGAUUCAAUGCCACCAGAAGCUGACUUGGAGAGAAUAAGAAAUGUUAAGGUCCGAGAAGAGGUGCUUGAUCGGGAAGCUUCACUUCAAGGAGCAAGACGUGAAGCAUCUCAUGUUGAUGGUGUCUUAUGGGACAUAGAAGAAGAUGCUAUUAAAGAGGUUGAGGACGAAGCAGAUGAGGUAACUAGGCAGACUUACAAAGGACAACUAACAGAGAAGCAAGCAAAAACCUGUGAAAAGGCUAUCAAAAGAAGGGAGAAGGAGAAUCAUAAUCAACAAUCGAAUCAGGACGAGCUGGCUGAGUCGCUCAAGGAUCUUUUCACUAGUGUGUUUACCAUGGUCAAAUCUGAAAUUCAGGGCACAAACAACAAUUUAGAGCUAUUGGAAAAGAUCAAUCUCCGAGUAGCAGAGGAAUACAAUGGCCAUGGAGACGUGGCUUCAGGACUAAGGGUUUUCGUGGAGCAACUGAAGUCCAAAAGCUCUAGUUUUGAUGAAUACGUGCGACAAAUAGACACCAUAGAGCAACAAGUGAUUGAGUUUGAGGCUGUAAUCUCUAUGCUUGACAGAUAUGUAUCUAUGUUGGAAUCUAAACUUCUAUCUGCUUCUUCUCAUAAUCCAUCCCUUUAAUUUGACCCAAAGAAAACUCAUUUCAGAGUUUAUUUGAAAUAAGAGACACAAAUAUUCUUUUUUUCUUUUUCAAAUCUUUUGUAGAGUUUGGAAUUGUAAUUAAUAACAUUUUUUUUCCUUCCAA